UGAAAUUAUUUGUGAUCUGAAAUAUAAGAAUAACUUUCUUGCUAUUCCUAUUUUUAAUAACCAUAAAGAUGAAAGUCGUCUUGAUUUACGUUCGUCAACAACACUCGAAUGUAUUUGGUCAGUUCGAAUUCAUGGACGUUGUCGUUGUUGUUCAAUUAAUAUUGAUCAAUGGUUAGUAAUGGAUUAUGAUGAACAUCGAUUCUUUCAUAUUUCGGCUAAUGGAAAACUAUUAAAAUCGGAUAAAUACGAUCAACAUCAACGAAUUGAAGAUAUUCUUCAAUGGGGUGAAAAUGAUAUGGUCGUCUUAACCAAAAAUAGUGUUAAUUUGCAUAAACUUUAA